AUGUUGGCAAGGACUUUUUCCCUAAGCGGCCGUGUCCGCAGCUCGGAGACCCGGGCAGCAGAGCACCUUAAAAACGCCGGGGGAGCCCUGCUACCCGCCGCUUACCACGGCUCGGCCGUGUGCAUAAAGCGGCUCCGCCGCUGCUACCUUCUAACAUCCUCGGCGCCACCGCCAGACCCCGCGAAGCCCGCAUCGGUUUUCUGCCGCCGGAACCCCCGCACCGCCCAGCUAACUGAGGGAACCCCGGAGCCGAUUCCCGCCGCCACUGGAGAGCCCCACGCCGAGCCGCCCGCACCCGCUGCCCGCCGCCGCUGCAGCCCGCAGCCGCCACGCGCCCGCGCUCGCCAGUCGCUUGCUGCCAGCGCCUGCCGCAACCGGCCGUCGCACACACCGUGCGCCCACAGCCACCACAGCCUGCGCCCGCGCCGACGAGCCCUGCCACCGCCACCGAGAAACGGCGCCUCCGCCACCCACGCAGACCCAGUCGACAGAGAACCGGGAGAAGCCAGCAAACAGACAAACACUUUCCAGCAGCGCAUGUCUACAGCGCCAAGACUUAGAGAUGCAGGAUUUCAGAUUGUUUCAGAAAGGAUCCAACCAUCACAACCCUGGACUUAUCUUGGAUGGAGGAUAUCACACAGCAAGAAAUUUCCACACAGCCACUGCAGCUCGAGAAUAACAGGAAAUUGGUUCAUUUGCCUUGGAGCACAGAAAUGGAAGAGCCUUGGCCUUAUCCCUGUCAAGAGGCAGCACACGGAGGAAGAGGCCAGUGGGGUCAGACAGACUGACUGUGCCAGCCAUGGCUGCUCUGUGGGACAGGAAGGAAGGGACCAAGGAUAUAAAACAAUUCACAUCUCAGGUAACGUAAUUCCACAUCCACCAGACUCCAGCCUCUGGAAGCCCAAGUCACUCCUCCAGCCAGACCCAAACUGCCUGGCACUCGCUUGUCUGUGGGUCAAGUGUCGCCAUUCUGCUGUCAGCACUUCAGCACCUCUUUACCCCGGAGGUACAGGUUAAAAGUCUGAUCAGAUGCUGGCUCUACAUGCAAAAUCAUCGAGUGACUGCAGCCCCACCAGUCACCUCCCAGUGGUGAGGCCUUGUUCCAGCUGCUGCCUAGUGCAGCCCUGGGUUCUGAGAGGGGUUGUUGCUCUCUCCAGACCUCAGAUGGUGGGGGCAGGAUUAUUAAGCCCUUCUGCUUUGCUCUGAACUGCUAUCAAUAGAACAGUAAAUCUAAAUAAUGAGGUGCAUACUGCUUCCUUCAAUAUGUGCUGCAGAGGACAAGCAGG